AUGUCGACGCUAUUUUAUGCCGAGAACAGCGCUCCAUUGCAAGGCUUCCCCUCCGAUUUCGAUGGCUGUAUCACCUUCUGCGAGGAAUCUGAGGGUUGGGACUGGCCUUUUCCGGAGAAAGGAAAGGCCAUCGCCAUGGCCAUCUACGAACAGUUUGCGUUUCGGUGUUUCCCGCCUCUCCUACGUGGGAUAGGGAGAUCACUGCCGAUUGCGCUGUCGCUGGAGUCAACACUGAAGACUCUGCACAUCGAGCCUGUCAACUGCGUCUGGAAAUGA